GGCACGCGCGCAGAUCCACGGUUCAGCCGGACUGUCUUGAAUUUUUGAAGAUUCGCGUCGGCCUAGCAGUUGGAGAGCUCUAGGAACAGGCGAAGCAACACAUAUACUCGCAUUCAAAAUGGCUUCCUUAUUUGAGCAACCUCGAAAUGCUGGAACUUUGUUUCUUGGCGGACAAAAGAUUACGGGUCAGGAUAUACGCGACCAGAAUGUUCUUGCGACGCAAGCUAUCGCGAAUGUGAUAAAAAGCUCAUUUGGACCCUCAGGACUUGAUAAGAUGAUGGUGGACGAUAUCGGCGACGUUACCGUGACCAAUGAUGGCGCAACUAUCUUAAGUCUUCUUGAGAUUGAGCACCCAGCAGGCAAGAUUCUAGUGGACCUCGCACAGCAACAAGAUAGGGAGGUGGGCGAUGGAACCACAUCAGUUGUAUUAAUCGCCGCGGAGCUAUUACGGAGGGCAAAUGAGCUCAUGAAGAACCGAAUCCACCCAACGACAAUUAUCACAGGCUACAGACUCGCGCUCCGAGAGGCUGUAAAGUACAUGAACGAGAACAUCAGCGUACCGGUUGAGAAGCUAGGCAGGGAGAGUCUCGUCAAUAUUGCAAAGACCUCGAUGUCAAGUAAGAUCAUCGGUGGAGACUCGGAUUUCUUCGCGAACAUGUGCGUCGACGCCAUGCAAGCCGUCAAGUCGACGAACCAGAAGGGUGAGGUGAAAUACCCAGUAAAGGCAGUCAAUAUCCUAAAGGCACACGGGAAGAGCGCCACAGAGUCAAUCCUCGUCAAGGGCUACGCUCUGAACUGUACUGUCGCAUCGCAAGCCAUGAAGACCCGCAUCCCGAACGCCAAAAUCGCCUGCCUGGACAUCAACCUCCAAAAAGAGCGGAUGAAGCUUGGCGUGCACAUCACUGUCGACGAUCCACAACAACUCGAAAAGAUACGCGAGCGUGAAUCCGGCAUCGUUCUCGAGCGUGUUGAGAUGAUUCUAAAAUCCGGCGCUAACGUCGUCCUCACAACAAAGGGCAUCGACGACCUUUGCCUCAAGCAGUUUAUCGAAAAAGGUGCCAUGGCCGUCCGCCGCUGCAAGAAGGAAGAUCUCCGCCGCAUCGCAAAGGCCACCGGCGCCACUCUCAUCUCCUCCCUUUCUGACCUGAACGGCGACGAGAAGUUCGAGGCCUCCAGCCUCGGCGACGCAGAAGAAGUUGCCCAGGAGCGAAUCUCCGACGACGAAUGUAUCAUUGUCAAGGGCACGAAGGUCCACUCUUCCUCCUCUAUCAUCCUGCGCGGCGCAAAUGACUACUCGCUCGACGAGAUGGAACGCUCCGUACAUGACACCCUGUCCGCUGUUAAGCGCACUCUCGAGAGCGGCAAGGUCGUGCCCGGUGGCGGUGCCGUCGAAACUGCUCUGCACAUCUACCUUGAGGAAUGGGCCACCAGUGUUGGCUCGCGGGAGCAGCUCGCCAUUGGCGCCUUCGCGACCGCGUUGCUGUCUAUUCCAAAGUGCUUGGCCGUUAAUGCAGCGCUCGACAGCUCUGAGCUCGUCGCACAGCUACGUUCGCGGCACGCGUUGUCGCAGCGGCUUAAUACGCCGGCGUCAGAGCACAAUGCGCCGCCAAGCGAGAGCGAGAAGGACUUGAUCCGUAAGAAGAACUACAAAAACUAUGGAUUAGACUUGAGCAAGGGCAAGGUUGCGGAUAGCAUCAAGGCGGGCGUACUGGAGCCGAGUAUGAGCAAAAUUAAGCAGCUGAAGAGUGCGGUGGAGGCAUGUAUUGCGAUUAUGCGGAUUGAUACGUUGAUCAAGCUGGAUCCAGAGCAGAGGGGUCAAGAUGAUGGACAUGGGCACUAAGGGGUCACGCACAUGGGACGUGAAUGAUUCUGCUCGUCUAUAGAUGUGCGGCAGCAAUGAAAAUCAUGCAUUCAUAACGUUCCAUACCUAGGAUACAUUCGCUUGGGUCAUCAUAACUAUGCUGACAGAAACCUCCUUACACCACCCGGCGCCCUUUGUGAGAGAGUCUAUACCCGAAGUAUGAUACAAGAAGUAGAUGAUAACGCCUGUAUUUGCCCAAGUCUCUCGGGCGCACCAGAGGGGCUUAUGAUCACCCAGAGUCACAAUGACAACAGAACGCUGAAUCCAUCGUGAGUCGACAGCCACCAGCAUUACUCUCUUAGCUGCGCCCUUAAGCCUACAUUCUCCCUCUUGAGUCGGCUACUCUCCCUCUUCAGAACAGCAACUUCCUCUUGGCUAGCCUUCAGCAGUCUUUUCAGCUCCUCAACACCAUCACCACCCCUGACAUUUCUUACGACCUUUAUCAACUCAUCGUUGAACUUCGCAUAGAGCGCCUCAUU